UCUCAAGUUCAACCUAUUUGCUCCCACUCCCAUGAGAAAAACAAGAAACUAGAAAUUUUCUCCUCUUUAAACCUUUCCAAAUUCUGUCUCUUUAGGUCAAAGCAAUGGCCUUUCACCACAAAGAAACAGUAGAGAUACACAAGAAACAAAAAGGGUUCUCGGGGCCAUACUACACUGCAACAAUACUUGCUGCAAUAGGAAAAACCAAAUACUUGGUUAGAUACGAGACACGUUUUGCUGAAGACAGAACAAGAUUGUUAACUGAAGCUGUUGAUGAAGCGGAUGUUAGGCCUCUGCCACCCACGAAUUUGGAGGUGUCAGACAAUAUUGUUGAUGCUUAUGUUAAUGAUGGAUGGUGGGUGGGAAGAAUUGUAAGAAAAGUUGAUCCAAAUUAUUAUGUAAAGUUGGAGAGUAGUGGUAAUGUGGUGCAUUGUCCUUUUUAUAAAGUCAGGAUUCAUCUUGAAUGGGAAGAUGGAAAGUGGGUUUAUCCUGGAAAUAGGCCUGAAACUGGUGAUGAUCAAGCAAGUUCCAGCGAGCACGGCAGUUAGUUUUCUCUUCUAAUACCUGGAAACAUUGGCAAAAUAGCAACACUUUAACCAUAUGGGAUAUUAUAUGGGCUUCUUUUGUUCUUGUAGAGCUCAGUCCAUAACAGCAAUCUGACAAUC